AUGGAGGCCGCCAGCUUCCAGCCUCAUCCCGGACUUCAACAAACUCUGCAGCAGUUCCACCUGAGCUCCAUGCGCUCCUUGGGCGGACCGGCCGCGUUCUCCGCGCGUUGGAACCAGGACGCUCUUUAUAAGAAAGACGGCAAAGCGGCCGAGCUGGUCCUGGCUCUGCCUCCGCAGACUCCUCCGGUUAUGUCUGGGCCACUUUUUAUCCCGUCUGACCGCUCCACGGAGCGCUGCGAGACGGUGCUGGAACGAGAGCCCAUCUCGUGCUUCGUGGUCGGCGGAGAGAAGCGCCUGUGCCUCCCGCAGAUCCUCAACAGUGUCCUGAGAGACUUCUCUCUGCAGCAGAUCAACUCUGUGUGCGACGACCUGCACAUCUACUGCUCCCGCUGCACCGCGGACCAGCUGGAGAUCCUCAAAGUGGUGGGGAUCCUGCCCUUCUCCGCGCCGUCCUGCGGGCUGAUCACGCAGACGGACGCGGAGCGUCUUUGCAACGCGCUCAUCUACGGAGGCUCUUACCCGCCUCACUGCAACAAGGAGCUGGGUUCUCUGGAGCUGGAGCGCACCGAGAAGAGCUUCAAAGUGUACCACGAGUGUUUCGGCCGCUGCAAAGGACUGUUCGUCCCGGAGCUGUACAGCGGGCCGAGCGCAGCGUGUAUCCAGUGCUUGGACUGCAGACUCAUGUUUCCGCCGCACAAGUUUGUGGUGCACAGCCACAAGCGGCAGGAGAACCGGACAGUGCACUGGGGCUUCGACUCGGCCAACUGGAGAGCCUACGUGCUCCUGGACCUGGACUACACCGGCAAAGAGGAGAAGAGUCACCUGGAACAACUGCUCAAAGAGUUAAAGGGAAGAUACGAUCUGAGUGGCAAACUGUCCAAUAAAUCGUGCAGAUCUCCCAGCCCCGUCCCAGCAAAGAGGUCUAAACUCGACAAGUUCCUUUCGUCCUCGGCUGAAAAAGAGCGUAAACCGGAGUGGCUGCAGUCUCUGUCCAAGUCUGCUCAUAAGGAUCUUAAACAGGUCCAACUGAAACAGAGACCUUCUGCUUUCCGGCCCUGGUCUCCCAAAGCAGUGGAAAAAGAGAAACCACCCAUUCAGAAAGAAGAGAAGCCCUACUCCAGGAAUGAGGAGAACGGCACAGCACACAACAUGGCCCCUCCGGUUCAUCCCAGAGACAGCCAUGCUCCAGGCAGGGGGCCCAUUGCCAUUUCUAAGCCUUCACACGAGCUGCAAAACGGGGACGUCAAGCCCAAACUCAAACCAGCACCGGCCCCCAGUUCAACCAGCAACAGAGCAGAAGACAUGGACACAGACGGGGAGAUAGACGUAGACGACUGCAAUGAUCACCCAGUGACUUGUUCGUCGCUGCCCUCUCCUCCGUCGGCUUGCAGCAGCGUGUCCCAGACCAUGACUCUCCAGAGCACACCUCGCCCCCAGGACGUGUGGGCACCAGGGAGCGUAAGCCCCGAGAUGGACAGUUUGAGGCAGAUGCUGUAUGGAGGUCUCGACACCAAAGAGUCCAGAGAAAAACUGCUCCAGGAGAUCGUCCGAAUGAGGGUGAAGCAGGAGGAGAAGCUUGCCGCCGCGGUGCAGGCAAAACGUAGUCUACAGCAGGAGCUGGAGUUUGUGCGAGUAGCAAAGAAGGGUCGUCUUCGCGAGGCCAUCGAGGCCAAGCGUAGCCUCCGUAAAGAGAUUGAGCGUCUGCGCGUGGACUGGGACCGGAAGAUGCGGGAGGCGGAGGAGUCGUGCGGCCGCCUCCGACGAGAGCUGGAGCAGGAGAAGCAGCUGCGUGUCUGUGACAAAGGCUGCGAGGCGGACCGCAUGAGGGCCAAGUACUCCACACAGAUCAAGGACCUCCACAUGCAGCUGCAGCAGGCCGAGGCGGACCGAGAGCAGCUGAGGCAGGAGCUGCAGCAGGAGAGAGAGGCCCGUCAGAGUCUGGAGAGCGUGGUUAAAGAGCUCCAGAACCAACUGUCUCUGCAAAUCAAAAACAACAUCAGCCACAACGUCAACAUAAACAACAUCCACGGCGCUUCUGCAGACGCUAAAGAGUCCAGCUGGGAGGCGCAGAGCUCACAGAACACAUGCAAGUCCUAA